CACAUUUUCAUGUUUAAGUGAGGUUGACAGAGAAUAAAUAUCUAAUAGUAGUUGUAAAGAUUGGUUAAAAUUUCAUUCACUUAUAUAUAUGUAUAUAAUAGUCAUUGCAAACACAAUAAACAACAAAAGUUAACAAUAUAUAAAAUUAUGAAGAAGUAUUUAAAUUUAGCGAAAAAAUAGGCGAGAGUUGAUUCUUCACGUAGCGCACAGAAAAAAGUUUUGAAAUCCACUUGUUGAACUAUAAACAAAAUAAUUAAUGAAAUUAUGUUCACCAUUAUUAAAGAGAAAAAACUUGUUCAAAAAAAUUAAUUGGCUAUGAAGAGAAACGACAACAUGUUGACUUCCAAAAACUCAGAUGGCAAUAAACAGCAAAGUUGUUUUAGCACCCUUAGUUUACCUAGCUUGGGUGAAAUGGAACAAACCGUUUGUAUGUUGGAACGAGGUACAAUUAUAACAAAGUACUACCCCCGUCGUAGACCAGAACAGAAAACUCUAAUGCUACGCCGUGAGACUCGUCAAUUGAUAUGGUCAUCAGUAAAUUCAUCUUAUAAUCGAACAUCACAAAAUUUUGAAGGAUCUCUCGAUUUACGAGAAAUUAAAGAGGUUCGAGUUGGUAGAAUAUCCAAGGAUUUUGAAAAGUGGAGUGACGAAAGCAAAUGCGUGGAUUUUACAAAGUGCUUUGUUGUUUAUUACGGUAGCGAAUUUAAAUUACGUUCGCUUUCUGUAGUAGCAUUGUCUGAACAGGAAUGUGAAAACUGGAUUCGUGGGCUACGAUAUUUGGUAAGCGACACAUUAUCAUCACCAUAUCCAUUGGAAAUGGAGCGAUGGCUCCGGAAAGAGUUUUACAAUAUAGAAAAUUCUCGGGAAACAAUUACUAUAAAGGAGCUGAAAUCAUUCUUUUCUCGUAUAAAUUGUAAAAUUUCAACACAAAAAUUAUUGGAAUAUUUCAAUGAAAUUGAUGCUGGAUCUCGUGGUGAACUAAAAUUUGAUGACUUUUCACGUUUGUAUCAAAGACACUUUACGAAAACCGUGGUAAGAUUGUUGUUGAAGUCAAUAAGACUUGUUUACUUUUUUUUAUGAAUUUUAAUCAGGGCCGAAAUCGUUUUUGUGAAUAGAGUGAGUAGAGUAAGAAAUAUUUUUC